CUUUCACCCACCACCAUCAUGCGGCCUUCCCUUGUGCCCGUGUCCUUGGGCAUACUGUCGCUCUUUUCUUCGUUGAUAGCGGCUCAGUCCACGACCAAUACUCGGACGCAGAGUCAGACUGCUUCUUCGCCCACUGUCACCACCUCGCUAAGCUCAGGUUCGGUUACUAUUACGACCUCAACAACUCAGAAUGGGCGUGUCUCCCAGUUUACCACCGUCGUUCCAACAAGUGCCAAUAUAACUAUAACAUUGUCAGCGACGCCGACUUCAACUGGAACUCCCUCAGUCUCAGCCACACCAGAUCCUAUCCUUCUCGAUACAAAGCUCGAUCCUGCCUUUGGUGUCCUUGGAGCAAUUCUUAUCAUCACAGGUCUUCCGAGUGCUUUUUGGGGACACAAGAAUCGAUGGACAUCAUUCUUCUUGAUUGGAUUUUACACUUUGUCCUUAGUGUGUUUUGUGCUUAUCCUCAAGUUUGGUGUUCUUUCCGCCGUCAAUCCCCCGAGUAAGACCGUCAGAGGCAUGUUCGUUCUGGCUUCAUCCGUUGCCGGCAUUGCAGGAGGCGCAAUUGCUAUCUUCUUCUGGAAAGCUGCUCGGUAUGGAAUCGGAGGGUGGGGAGGCUUUGCCGUUGGACUUUGGGUACAAUGUUUCCACGAUGGGGGUCUCAUAAAACCCAUAGGCUUCAGAUGGAUCCUGUACAUGGGUUGCGCGGUUGUCGGAUUUACUCUGUGCACUAUUCCCAAGAUUCACUACCACGUACUUCUAUGUUCGACUGCGAUUGUGGGUGCCUCUGCUCUCAUGCUUGGGAUCGAUUGCUUCACGACUGCAAACCUGAAAGAGUUCUACGUCUGGAAUCUUGGCUUCAAUGAGCUUUUUACCAAGUUUACGAGUAAUGGUAUACAGUUCCCGGUCACGCAAGUCAUGCAGAUUGAACUGGGGCUGAUGGGUGCUUUGACUUUGAUUGGAAUUUCCGUUCAAUUAAGGGUCCUCCGGGUACUGCAAUACAAACUACGGGAGAUUACAGUUGAGCAAAAGCAACGAGACGAAGAAGCCGAAGCCCAGGCUUCCUCACGACUUGCCCUCCUCGACCGCGAAAGGGACGAAUGGGAGAAAGAUCAUAGCAUGAACAAGCAUGGCCGCCAGUUCAGUAGUCUUUCUACUGGCACGCCGCUCAUGAAAGACCAUGAUGGCUCGGCAUCUCCAACCACACCGGAACGUCGUUCUGAUGUCACACAUGUCGGAGACUCUCGACCACGCUAUCACUCAGGCGUAUCCGAGUUUAUGGCUGCUCCAAUCCCUGACCAAGAUCUCAAACGUGCUGCCAGACAUACACAAGGUCCCGGUGUUCUUCCAGCACUUGAUUUGGGUUGGGGACUGAAAGAAGACGUCCCAGACGACUUCAUGGCUGCGGGUGAUGGACCGAAAAAGCCACUUUCUCCUGAAGAUGCGGAGACUCUUAGGCGGAAGGAGGGGUUAAAGGCUGAGAUUGACAGCAUUCGUAGAUCCAUUGAGGCUCUUAAAUCUGGUACUCCAGAGCCAUCUUCGUCGCUUGGAUCCCGCCGUCCUUCCUUGACCUCCCGCCGUACUUUAAGCAUUGAUGCUGGUAGCGCACUUCUUCCUCCCCAUUCUUCUCAUGCUCGUCCUCCUCGAGAGAGAGAUCCCCGUGCUCGUACGCAUUCGAUGGAACUUCUAGGUCAGAACGCUUAUGGGGAAUCCAUAAGCCGGCCCUCAAGUGCCCCUCUACGGGAGCUCGAGUGGGAUGCUUAUGUUCAAGAUCGUAAGCUUCUCCAACCACCUGCUGGUAUCACCGCUCCUAUCGUCACCACUCCCGUAAACCUCCCCACAACCUCGUCUCGGAUUCAGGUCCCCCCUGCCGUAGCUGAGGCGAUCAACCAACGCAAGCGACGUGAAAGUGCUCUCGGUGUUGGCAAUGGAGAACCUCGUAAUGAUUCCUCCGAAGACAUUCCUCUUUCAGACAUGAUGCACCAUAAACGGAGAAGCUCCACAGGUGGUAAUAUCCCUGUCACUAUCUUGCCGCCGAAGAAGCAAAUAGCUACACCUACUCCUCAACGACCUCCCACUCACACCAAGACAUUUGAAGAGCUCAAUGAACGUCAUCGAGAAAAGAUGAGGGAUCUUCAAGGACCCUUGACGAAUGCUGAGAACGAACAGGCACACCUGCAAGCGGCCAAAAAGCGAUGGGAGAGGUCAAAGGCACUGGAGAAAGAGGCAGUCACGAAGAGACAGGCUGAGAAGGCGGCACAGCUGGAGAAGCGAAAAAGGAACGAGGACGAAACAGAGCGAUUAGGCGGCCGACAGAGAUCGACCUUCACCGGAGAUAGCAGCAGACGACACUCUCGCUCGUUGAGCGCAGACCGGCUGGCAGCGUUAGGAACUACCUCCAACAAUAAAAGAUUGUCGAUGUUGAAAGUCGAAGACUGGCAGAGAUACCAGCAAGAGGUGGAGCCCGCUCGACCGUCACGAACCGGUUCAGGUUCCGGACGCGAUUCACGGGCGUUUGCCUCAGAGAGUGUCCCUUUCCCAGCCGGUCGUGGUGUUCAUGUUCGGCAUAAAAGCAGGGACCCCCCUAGUUGA